AUGGCAGUGUGGACGCGCGCCUGCAAGGCGGGGCUGGUGGAGGUGCUGGUGCGCGAGCGCUGGGUGCGGGCGCUUGCCGAGCUGAGCGGGGAGGCGCUGGUGCUCAGCUCCGACCCGGAGCCCGUCAACGGGCUGCCCAACGGCGCCGAGUGGGGGAGCCCCGUCGCGGCUGCAGCAGCGGCAGCAUCCCGAGCGCGGAGCCCCGCGGGCAGCCCGGGCGGGCGGAGCGCAGCGGGCAGCGGCAGCCCGGAGAUGCCCCCCUCGGCGUCCGGCCACCCGCCUUCCUCGCCUCCCGGCCGGCCCUUCUCCCCUCCGCCGGGGCUGCCCGGUGGCGCGUCCUGCUCCUCCUCGUCGCCUCCGGGCUCCCCUCCGAGCGGGGUGCGCCGGGUGCGGGUAGUGAAGGCAGAGGCAGGCGGGCUGGGCAUUAGCAUCAAGGGCGGCCGCGAGAACCGCAUGCCCGUCCUCAUCUCGCGCAUCUUCCCGGGGCUGGCCGCCGAGCGCUGCGGCGCCCUCCGCCUGGGAGACGCCAUUCUCUCCGUCAACGGCACCGACCUCCGCGACGCCACCCACGAUCAGGCCGUGCAGGCGCUCAAGCGGGCCGGCAGGGAGGUCCUCCUGGAAGGUAAGCGAGGGAUUCUGGUGGGAUGCGCUCUGCACGCGCUCAGGGGGCGGCGCCGCUGCCGCUGCUUUUGGUGCCACCCGCUGCUUCCUGUUCCUCGAGGCCGGGGAUGGGACCCAAAAUAAACAAGGCGGGGGGCGGGUGGUUAGUGAGCCCUCGAAGCUCGCUUGGGGAAGUACCUGUGCUUUCGCUUAAAUUUGGCGCCUACCUCGCAGGGUUGUGGGGAGCACAAAAUGGGCACAAUUCUGAACUCUUUGGUUGAAUGCAAGCAUUUUAAAAGGGGGGGGGGGUCCUGAGACUUGGUGUGGAUGGGAACAGCUGAUUUCCUGGGAGUAAAGUUUUUCUAUUCUUCCUUGGGAGCUUGUCCAGAAUCGUUUCCUGCACUGCUCACUCUUCCCGCACCCAAGCUCCACGGUGUGCUCUACUCUCCAAGUCUGGCCUUCGCGGGUAACUUUGCCCAGGCAAUGUUGCUUUCCAUGCCUCAACUCCAUGCCCUGAACGUUGUCCCUGGGUGCAUCUGUCUUGGUCCCGACAUCAAAAUGAUCCAACUCUCUCGGUUGGCAAGCCCCUUGGUGUAAGCAGGUGUUUUCUCAGUGUGGGAUGGGCUUGUUUGGACUGAUCCGUUGACUCUCGCUUUUAUAUUCAUGAGCCCAGACUUGGUCCCUAGGCGUGGAAACAGUUUGCAGGUCUGGUUCUGCAGGAGUCAUAACCAGUAAGGGUGGAGCUGCUUUGCAAAGGCUGGAGCACUGUGUGUGGUCCUGGGGGUUGUCUGACACUCUGGUUAGGAGGUAAAAUAAAAUAGCAAAACCCUGGUCUACUUGUCCCCACUUUCCUUUUUUUGCCCUUGACACUAGCACAUGACGCACUAUUGGAAAACUUUUGGAUUAGUGUGGCCCAAGAGGUCAGUCACUGGAAACUGAAGCAUGGAAGGCAGCAGCGUCAUGGAAGUUAACAGUUCAUAAUGAUUAAGGUUGGGCAGUUAACUAGUCGAAUAUGCAUCAAGUAUUUCUAAAGCAUAACUUUAAUAGAACAAAAGCAAUAGAACCAGUCUGAUACUUAAUUACAAAAGCAAAUUAGCAAAUGGUGAUGGUGAAUUAAUUUAACUUUUAAAAGAAAUUGUAGUGGAUUAUUUUAACUUUAACGGUGUAAGUUUUCUAUAAACAUGAAUUAUUUGUCAAAAGGAUUUUUAUGCUAGUUUACCAGAGUCAGCCUAUAGUUACAUGAAAGUUUUCAAUGCAGAGCAGCAAUUAAAAACAACAUUUUAAAAGUCACUUUUACUGAAUUGGCAACUGGUCAUUUCUUCAAGUGUUGUGGCUUUUUUGUGAUACUUGGCAAUAUCUGCUCCAUUAAUUUGCCUGUGUGCUAACUCUAGGAAGACAGUGUGAAGGAAAUGUGAGUGCGCAGUAAUGGUUGGAUUUCAUAGGAAUGCAGGGCAACUAGGCUUUUAAAACCUGAAGGGAAGAGAUGGUGGACUUCCAGCUGGCAAGCAGUAUAGUCAAACUCUGCAAGAGGCUUGUUUGGAAAGCAGCAUCAGUUGAGAAUGCCCGUCCAUAAUCAUCUUAGCUGCCUGGUUUGUCAGACCUGUAGACAGGCUGUCAUUUACGUGCUUAUUUGAUGCGAAAGUACAGUUAAUUUAACCUCGGGAUAAGUUCUUUCUGGGGGGUGGGAGCUCUUGGGGAAGUCGAUGGAGUUCGUACAGUUACGAAAACUUGGGGAUAUUUUUAAAGUGUCUUUAAUCAUUAUGCUGCCUUAGUGGUUAAGAAGAAAUGACAGCACAGGCUCCCUGCUUAUGCCGGGGUGUGAUUCUGUCACUUGGAAUGUGUAUUUUGGAAAUGUGAAGUGGAGGGGGAGAAGGUUUGCAGAUGACUGACUGUGCCAGUCAGUGGGAAGUGCUGCUGCCACCUUCUGUGCCAGUGUAAACAGUCGUGUUUUUAAGUGCCCUUCGUUAAGGAAAAGCUGGUGGGAGGAGAGUGUUGCUCCCAAGCUUUGGUUCUCAGCGGUGGGGGAGGGUGUGUGUUUUACUUCUUGUACAUCUGCGUCUUUUGUUUGCCCUGUGGCUGGGACCUCAGACCACACAAUGGAGGUCAGAAUAUACAGUAUGUAUACUAGUGUAGGUUGGUUAGUAAAUGUCACUGGGAUUGGGUGUCCAUCCUGGGCUGAGCAAAGCCAGUUUUAAAUUCCCUCUCAUGCCUGAAGCUCCAUGGGUGACCUCAGCAUAACCUACGUUGCAGGUUUGUGAAGGAGGUGAGCAGGCCACAUGUGUCCCUUUAGAGGAGCAGGGCCUUGUGCGUUGUGGCACAGCAGAUGUGAAAUUCCUUCCCCAUAUACAUCCAGCUGCCCCUACGCUAUCUAUUGUUAAGCACCAGAUUAAAACACACCAGUUUUUCUCUCAGGCUUAUGGUUUUAACUGAUUGCUGCUGGGUUGCCUAAAUUUCUGAUUUCUUGAUAUUUUGCUUUGCUACUUGUUCUAUGUUGUUGUUUUUGUGGUUCUCAGGGUGGCUUAACAAUCCCUCCUCUCAGGCAACUUUUGACAACCCUAGUUCUGUGAGGAGAAUAGGGGUCUCCUACAAACUAUCAACGCUCUUGACAAGCUACAGUUUCCAGGAUUCUCUGGAGGAAGCUAUGACUGCUUAAAAUGGUAUAAUAUUGCUUUAAAUGUAUAGAAGGGACCUCAUUGAUCCUGUUUGUACAUAACACUGUGUCAAAGCAUGGCUUAGUGCAAAUGAACAAAGCGUGGGCUUUCAGAGAGGAACCUACGAUCAUUUUGCUUCUGUCUGGUCGUUUUGCGGCUGUGCUAAGAUGAGCCACAGUUUGACUUCAGUGUCAUCUGAACCUGGGCUUGUGGUUUAGCUCUCUCCAGAGAAACCACUAACUGAAACCAAGGUUUGUAUUCGGGUUUACAGCUCCAAUGCUCCGUAGUAAACAUGGCUUCUGAUGAGGCUGAAAGGAGAUUAGAGCUCUGGUCCCAGUUCAAAGCUCUUCUGGGUCUCAUCACCAUCCGUUGAUGGUGCUGGUCCUGGGCUCAGCUGCUUCUGUGUUCCUACUUCUGUGUUUCUGCCAUUUCCAUUUUCACAGCUGAAAGGUGUGUAGGCUUGGAACAAGCUGUGUUUCUUCCAGAUAUACCCCAUGCUGUGUGUUUCCUUUCCCCGAGAAUAUGCAAAAGCAGAAUUUUGCGGGAAAUGUUCAGAAGGCUUCUCCAAGCAGAGACUUUUCCUUGUUGCUUAGCUUUAGUCUCAUUAGAAUUGACAACAUCUAGGCUAAAAUUAAAUUGGAGGAAGAAAGGAAAAUCUUAGACCUUACCCAAAAUCAUGACGUGCAAAAUCUGUCUAUGUUGAUGCUGCCAAAUGGCUGAAAGAGACUGAGAUAGAGAUCCUAUAGGAUGAGGGGAGUGGACCAGCUAUAGCAGGCAUAGGCAAACUCGGCCCUCCAGAUGUUUUGAGACUACAAUUCCCAUCAUCCCUGACCACUGGUCCUGUUAGCUAGGGAUGAUGGGAGUUGUAGUUCCAAAACAUCUGGAGGGCCAAGUUUGCCUAUGCCUGAGCUAUAGCCAAGGCCACAAACAUAUAAUUACUGUACUUUCUGGUUGUAACCCACAAGCUCUACCAGCAUCCAGCCAGAUGAAAAGGAUCUGCAUUGCUUUCCAGCACUGAUGGUGCUUAGUUUUUGGAGCCAGAGGUCCAGAUUCCAGCCAGGCAAAGGCUCUUAAGGGCUCAGAGCAGUACUAGUGACCUGGGAAGAAUCCGGAGGGCCACCUAGAGACAUGGAGGGCCACAUUCAGCCUGUGGGGCAGAGAUUCUCAGCGGGUUUUGCCUCCCAAAAAGGAAGCAUAUAGAUACUGCUUUGGCCAGGAAGUUUGUGCUCCCCUUAAGUGACACUUGAAGCUCCUGAGAGCUAUUUAAAAAUACCUCCGGAUGUAGGAGGGACCGGACAGCUAAAAACCUGGCAAGAGUUCUAACCUUGUGGCAAUCCCAAAUUUAAGAAUCCAUUUCGGAAAAGAAGGGUGUGACUGCAACAAGGAAGUUGGUAGGCCUACCAGUGUUUACAUGGUUGGAUAAAGCCUGGUUGAAGUGGGAGGGAUGCUCUAGCUGCGACUGCAGGAGAUUGUGAGAUGGGGUUUGCCUUCUUGUGCCAAAAAGUGCUGUGAGGUUGGAGCCUGACCCACCAGUGUCCCAGCUCUCCUCUCCUAGCCCUACUGGUGCCAGAUUGAACAGCUGCUUUGGCUUUUGCUGAGUCAAAUGCAGCUUUCCCUUCUCUCUUGAUGAGUGGAUAUGAGUCAAGCUUAGUGUUCUCCUGGGAGCAAAGGGUUAGUUAUGGGCUGUUAUCUUUUUGGGGUGGGGGACCUUGGAACAAACAGUCCCUCAGCUUCUGCCCUUGUCCCAGAACUGACUUGGAAAGAAAAGUGGCUUCCUCAGCUAAAGCUGAUCUAGCCAUCUCCAACCUGGUGCCGUCCAGUUUUUUGGGACUACAAUACCCUUUAGCCUCAGCCAGCAAAACUGUAUGAUGCUGGGGCUGCUGGGAGUUGUAGUCUAUUUGGAAGGCACCAGGUUUGGGGAGGCUUGGCUAUUGUCCCUACUUAGAAAUUACCUCCAGGGCUCCCAGACCAGUAUCUGGCAUCCAGCAUCAGCAAUGGAGGCUUUUUCUAAGCCGGGGUAGGCAACCUAAGGCCCGUGGGCCGGAUGCGGCCCAAUCGCCUUCUCAAUCUGGCCCGCGGACGGUCCAGGAAUCAGCGUGUUUUUACAUGAGUAGAAUGUGUCCUUUUAUUUAAAAUGCAUCUCUGGGUUAUUUGUGGGGCAUAGGAAUUCGUUCAUCCCCCCCCAAAAAAUAUAGUCCAGCCCACCACAAGGUCUGAGCGACGGUGGACCGGCCCACUGCUGAAAAAGGUUGCUGACCCCUGUUCUAAGCUAUCGCCAGAACCCCUCCAGCUCCUUUCUCCCUUUUAUGCUCCAUAGAAGCAUCUGGUCUUCAUCCUAUGCAAAUAGAACCAAAGGGCUGGGUUGGGCAGAGCACUAGCUGGGACUAAGGCUUCAUUGGUUAGACCAAAUAACAGCACCCUGGAUCUACCUUUAUCCUGUUUAGAAUUUCCUCCAGGGCCUUUUCCAUCUUCCUCAGCACUGCCUUGCUCUCCACUAACUUUCUGAAAUACAUCCUGGGUUAAUUAGAUUUCAGAAGUCCAACUCUGUGUCCUCUGGCCAUCCCUCCAGCAUGCUUGAGUAUUUGUCUUGUUAUUUUUCCAAACCCUCCUUGCCUCUUGACCCUAAAUACUGUACAGCCACUCUCUGGAGGCUACUUUAAACUCCCAGCUCUUAAUCUCUUGUGAUAUUUACAUAUUUUGCCUUCUGGCACGGAAUAAUCAGGUUGCACUUUUCAUUCCCAAGGUUCCUUCCCCCCCCCCCCGGCCUGUGGGUGGGUGGAAUAACACACUUCACAAUGGGAUGUCCUUCUCAGGCUAUUUUUUGCUGCUGCUUGAAAAGUUGGUCAGCUGUUCCUGCAAUCAUUUCCUGAAACUACCAGUCGCCUGCUUCUGGAGUCUUUGCUCUGGCAUGGAGCAUUUCAGCUUUGGUGAAGAAGGGAACAUUUAACUUUGUGACCUUGUUAGAAAGCAACUUCUGGACCAGUGUGCUAGUUGGUCCACAUCUGGUAGCCAGCUGUGUAGCUCAUUUUAACUGCUGAGGCAGCAGUGCUUUCUACUCAGUUUGAAUUGUGCACAGAGGAAAUGGACUUCCCUCCUCCCUCUCCCCCAUCCAGGUUCCCUAGUUUGCAUUCAGCCACCCAUCCUCAGAAAAGGAGAGGAGCAGAUUAAAGGUGGAGGGGGAUGAGUGUAAUCCUGGGAUAAGCCCUCUGCCUCCAGGAGGCUAAUAUUAAACACUCGGUCUCCCUGCUGUGGCUCUCUCCAGCCUUGCCCUGGCUGCUAAGCUGUUUGACCAAAGAGAACUGUGUGCUGGGGAUUGGUGAAGCUCAGGUUAACCAGAUCAGGCUUCCUCCCCCCCCCCCCCAUUGACUCUUCCUUUUUGACAUACUGACUUCUGUCAUCGGCUUGCCUCUGUCUAAUGUAUAUCUCGCUGCCUGCCCCGUGGGACAUUAAAUGCCAAGAUAGAUAGGAAGGGCAAGCCAGCAGCUGCAUGAGGAUUACCCUUUAAUACACCCUUGGGCACGAGCUGCAUGAUUUAGCAGAGCAGCCAAAUGCCAGGCGCUGAGUGGGCACAGUGUUCUUCCUGUCAAGCUUCCUUCUAACAUCUUUGCCCACCUUGAGCUCUCCUAGUAUCACACUGGGGAGAGAUAUGGGGAUGUGGCUACAGCUUGGCUGCAGAGCAUGUUUCCAAAACUUGAUUAAGGUGGGUGUGGGUGUAGAAAUGGUGGUCCAUAACUAUAUGAUGCUUGGGCAUCCUCUUCUCACACAUAGUCUUCUAGCUGGGAGGCUGCUGAGAGCAAUGGCUAGGACUUGAGACUUUGCAGAAAGUUGUCAUGUAGAGCCCGGGGGCCCAAACAGAUGUAAGGUAGAAGGGGAGAAUCUCCUGGUGGUUUGGGUCUUAGUUUUUAAAAUUAUUAGUUUAAAUACACUAGGUGCGGACCUUUCUUUCCCCCCCACAAGCUGUUUUGAGGUCUGCUGGGAUGAAAUUCAGACAUGAAAACCAUACCAGACAGACCCUGCUUAACUUUGCAAAUGUGCUAGCAGUUUUAUUGCUGCGGUGCUCUGAUAUAGGUACAUCCCACCGCCACACUCCCAGUGGUGCAUAGCUUUUUAUGGAGAUGGGAGAGGGGUGCUAUAUUGAUCUCAGAAAACAACAUGGCACAGGCAGAAGGUUCAAGAUGCACAUUCUCAAUUGUCAUUGCAGCUCCAUUAAAGCAUUAACACUCCAUGGUUAAAAGUCUGGAGGAUUUGCUGCUGGCUUCCGUGCAGCACUCCUGUUUGGGCUCCUAGAAGAGGAAGCCUUUGUGCUUCUGCAAGAGCAGAAGGGGCUUGGUUCCAAGUGUGUCCCGUGCCCUCCUUAAAGCAACUGACAUUCUCCUUGCAUUAUGAAGGCGCUGAAUGGGCCCCUCAGUGGGGGCUGCGUGGUCCUCAUAAGCAAGCUGGCAUCACCCAAAAGGUUGUGAGUAAGAGCCAGGGAGAAGGGGAGGCAGCUGGGCAAACACUCCACCUCCCUCUUGCAAAGACGGUGGGAAAGUCUGUGCUGGAGCCAAAACCCUCCACCUCGAAACAAAGCCAAUGAUUCUGCUUCACGGUCUCCGAAUGUGGCCGUGGCCUGUUUUCCGUUAGUUGCGCACAUUGUCUAUUGUGCCCAGGCGGGCCUGGAAAGAGCGUGGCAUACUUAGCUGCUGUUUAAUGGGGCUUUCAUGAGCUUUGCUGGAAGAGAGUUUGGAGUGAAUGAGACAUUUAUGGCUCCUUUGAAUUGCCACUAACCGGACAUAAACAGUUGUGUUGUCUUUUGCUGCCUGCUGUUUGCUUCCCCCCCCCCCCCCGUCUUAAUUUAUUGUGGGCUGGUGGGUGUUCCCAGGCUGAAAUUAGUUUCAUAACUUUGCGUAAAGAGUAUAUUGGAUGCUGCAGUUGGACUGUGGGCUUGUCUGCUAUUUGACUCAAGAGCAAGCACUCCAGAGCAGGCAGCUGGCUGUUGUGGAUUCAGCUGUAUUUCUGGCAUAAAAUCUGCUUGUUCUGAAUUUGCUGGUGAAGAGUGUUGCAGGAGGAGAGUUCCUCCACACCCUGCCGAAACCAGGACUACUCAGGAGACUGUGUCUUUAAUGUUUCCUCUGCUUUCUUGCCUUUUAGGGCUAAAAAUGUCUUUGGACUUGGCACUGUGGCUGUUUAGAAUUGAGAGACCUGAAACAUCUGGGCUUUUUAGAGGCUCACUGGAGGCAGGAAGAGAGGGAAGGCACCUCCUCUCUGCUGUAACACAGGUUGUCUUCCUUUGAGAUCUUGCAAGCUGCAUUUCCAAAAUAGAGACAGAUGUGUAUGUACAUUAAAUGGUCACCUCUUUGACGUCUUGUUUGACAGGACUGUCAUUUGGACCAGCUGGUUUGGCCCUUUAUAGCACUUGUGUAUGAACUUUUUUAUAAAACGCCUAGCUUGGCCUAGCAGCACAAACCAAAGGCAUUGGGAUGACUAACAUCCCUGGAAAGGGCUGGACCUGGCACUUGUUGUGUGGAUUGUGGAGGUUACUAAAUCCUCCUGCACUUCAAUAUGCAGUCUGUUUAAUUGACUUUCUGUACUACCCUUUGCCGCCCUGGCUGCAGCUAAUGGAAGUUGUAGUCCAAACAUUUAAAGGGCACCAGGUUGGGGAACAUUACUUUGGAAGAUUGCCUCCUGACCUGAGAAGGAAUUCUGCAAGGGUUGUGAAGCAUCUCACUACUGGAUAGUUCAGAUUCUGCUUGCAACUAGAGAAGAAGGGGUGGUGGUGCUGUGACGGCAGCACCAUGCAGUAAACAUUUCUGCAAAACAAAUCAAAAAGCCACGGUGGAAUCAAUUGGCCCUUUAUUUGGAACGACUAAAAUGCAGCAAAGGAGUGAGCAAGAAAAACAGGAAGGCAGCUGAUGGGCUGGGUGGGUGAGGGUGGUGGCAAAGGCUGCAUCUGGCAUGGAAACCCAAAGCCUCUAGUUGGACACUGUAUUAAGAUGAAGGUGUUAGGCAGGCACAGUUAGAUCAGAGUCUGCCAGAAGUACUACAGAUCUCAUCUCAGUACUUCCUGGCAUUUUCCAUGGCCUUAAGGUAUUUCCGUACAGAGGUUUAAAGGGAGGAUGAAUGGUAUCAUCAGCACCCACAAAUCCACUACAUAUAUAUGCUGCAUAAGAACAUAAGAAGAGUCUUUUCACAAGGAGCAUUGACAGUGAGCGGCAUUGGAUAUUAUUUCCCUUCCAACUUUAUAUAUGUUUAUAUGUAUAUAAAACCACAUAUAGUGUACAGUUCAAAGCUCUGCUUUUUUCCUUUUUUUGGAAAUCAUUUUUAUUUGAUUUUACAAAUAGAAAGUUAUAUAUAAAAAACCCCAAAUAUAUAUCCAUAAACAGAGAUUGCUCCAAUCUCAAGACCUCCCCCCACCCCUUCCAUGAGGUCCCAUAUUAAACAUUUGAAACUGCAUAUUCUUCCAAAUUCUAUUAUCAAUCCAUAUUAUCCAUGGUAAUUAUUACACUACAAGUGAAAUCAAAAUCCUGCCAAUUUUUCCAUCUGCUUACAGUGUUCUCCUAUAUAACUUGUAGAUUUUCCUCAUUCUUUUAUAAAGUUUUUGUCCUCUUGGUUUCUGAGUUUUCCGGUUAGUUUUGUCAUUUCAGCAUAGUCCAUCAGCUUGGUUUGCCAUCCCUCUCUGGCAGGACCUUGUCUUCUUUCCAUCUCUGGGCUAGUAACAUCCGGGCGGCUGUUCCAUACCUAAAAAGUCUUUUCUGCUCCUUUGGGAUGUCAGUACCUGUAAUUCCUAAUAAGAAAGCUUCUCAUUUUUUUAAACAAAUGUUAUUUUAAACAUUUUUUUCCAUUUCGUUAUAUGUCAUCUCCCAGAAAGCCUUUAGCACCCUACAAAUCCACCACAUGUGAUAAAACGUACCUUCUUUUUCUUUACAUUUCCAGCAGAUAUUUGAACUUGUCCUAUACAUUUUUGCUAGUUUUGUAGGAGUUAAGUACCACCUUCCCUCUCCAACCUUUAGCAGUACUGUAGCUAAAAACAUAACAAUAGCCCUGCUGAAUCGGGCCAAAGGAGCCCAUCUAGUCUGGCAUCCUCACUGACCAGUCAGAUGCCCCCAUGGGAAGCUCACAAGCAGGCCCUGAACACAACAGCAGCACUUUCCCCAUUUGUGAUUACCAGCAACUAACAUUCAGGGAUAUAAUGCUUCUGACAGUGGAAGUAAACUAUAGCCAUCCUGGCAAGUAGUAAACUUGUCUGAUCCUCUUUUAAAAUUGGAGGCCAUCGCUGCCUCUAGUGGGAGCAAAUUCCAUAGUUUUAACUAUCUGCUGCAUGAGGAGGCUGUAGUCGAGUGAUAAAGCAUUUGUAGAAGUGCUGGGAUCAGUCUCCAACACCUCCGGUUUAAAAGCAGCAGGUGAAGGGAAAGAAACCCUGGCGGGGCACCUGCCGGUCAGUGUAGGCAGUGUUGGGCUAGAUGGACAAAUGACCUGCCCUGCCCUUGUGUGUUCUGCCUCUGUGGAGUUGGCUUAUGUUUCAAGCUUUUGCCCUUCUUGGGUAUUCUGAAGGGGGAAGGAUUUGGGCCAGCCCACCAGUCUUGUACAGCUGAGAAAUGGAGCCACUUCCUUCCACCGCCUAGAUAGGUCAGACCUCAUUCAAACUGCAAGCUGAUCCCUGUUAUGCCAAACUUGUUCUCAUACUUUAUUAGGGAUCACUUUACAUUUGCAAGAGCAAAAAUGAAGGUGGCAUUUCCUUUUGCUGGAUUUGUACCGGAGGCCGACCAAAAAAGUUGUUUGAUGUGGAGGGAGGGGCAGAAUGUGGGGUGCCAAGGUGCUACCCAGCCAGUUUGGGCAGCUUCCUGUGCUGGCAGCAGCAUCUCCAUGACUGGCCUUAGGUCAACCCAGGCCCGCCUUGGCUCUGCCUCUUCCCCUCCGAUGGUCUGUGCAUUCCAACUGCUGCCUUCCUCUGCUUGAAUGAAACAACCUCUUCCCUCCUUAUGUUACCUGUAUGUCUGUAUGGACUUGGGAGGGGAAAGGUGACUGAGUAAAGCAGGUCUUUUUCUUUACUGAGGAAAUUUUUAAUAGAACCUUUGCUUGCCCCAAAAUAAUUUAUUUUUUAUUGAUAAUUAAAAGUGUCUUUUCUUUCCAUGAGAUGCAUAUUUGUUUGUUCAAAGGAUUCCGUUUAUGGAGCGGAAGAUUCUUCUUGUUAAAUUUAUCACCAUAAAAAUUCAUGGAAUAGUGGGGUUUGGAGAUACUAUUCCAAUACUAUUUAAUAUAUUGUGCGUUAAACAUGUCCCAAAGGCACUCUUCUUAUACAUCAAAAUGUAUUGGCGGAAUAUGCUUGCAUACAGUCUUAAGCUAAUACAUUUUUGUGCACAUCUGAAUUAUUUUUAGCAGGUUGUUUAGAUGCUUCUGAUGAAAAGUUGAUCCAUUCAAAAAUGCAUUCGGCAUAACAAUAUAGCAAUCUGGAUUCCUUUUUAAAAUAACAGCUACUUUUCACAGGAUCCCCUUGUGAGCUUCUCUUUUUAUUUUGUAUGGAACUGGUCUUUUUCAUUGUGCUGUGAUCCCCUUUUAUCAUUUAAUGCAAUCUCCCCCAAUCUGGCAACCUUCUAAUGUUAUGGACUACAACUCCCAUCAGCCCCAGGUAGCACGGUCAUGCUGUGCUAAAUGGGGUUGAUGGGAGUUGUCAUCCAAAUCUUCUGGAGGGCACCAGUUGGGAGAGGCUGAUUUAAUGACAUUGUUUUUGCAAAGAGGGUGUGGUGUGUGGACCUCUAUUCCUGUGCGGGGCCCAUUCCAGGGUCCCUCUAGCCAUCAUGGCGAUAGGGGAGAGAUUUCCUUCCCAGAAAAGCCACGAAAGACUGCAACAAGCUCUCAUAUAUUAAAGUGAAUAUUGACUAAUCUGUGAGAGCUAAAUGCCUGCCUGAGGAUUGUUUUUCUGUUGUCCAUCCUCUGGCCUUGAAAAGAAGCUUUUGUUUUCUCUGCUGCUCCUUGUUACUUGGAGAAGUUUAGCCAAUAAAUAUUUGAUCAAGCAUCCUGCAGUGACUGCAAAGAGAGCCCCAGAGUGUUGACCCUGCUUUAUUCACUUCCUUUCCUGUCCUUCCAGCAAUGUGAGCUGAACCGCCCUGAGACCGGGUAUAGGGCGGGAUAUAAAUUUAACUAGCUAACUAGCCCUAACAGGGCAGGAGUAGAGAGUGAAUGACAUGGGUGGGGUGGGGUGCUCCACUUUCUAGAGCAGUCUUUGCCAACCUGUUGGCUGUGGCAGAUGGCAGCAGCAGUCUAAAACAUCUGGAGGGCACCAGCUUGGCAAAGGCUGCCCUAGAACAUAAGCAGGUUGCUUUCCCUUCCUCCCACCAGAGUCUGCUGUGCUGCUUUCUCUUGACAGGUGUCUUGCCAGCACGGUUGUUGAGGAGGACAGUGUUGGACAACACCUGCUGCCCCAGAGCACACGAGCAGAUCCUGCUGGGGUACCCUGUGCUUCUCUCCACAUCAGAGUGACUUCCAGUUGUGACACUGAAAAGUCGAGGCACCGUAAAGUGUCCAUGAAAUAACUUUGCAGGGCACUCUGUUAGGAUGAUAUGCUGUGAUCCUCAAGAGAAGUGUGUGUCCCCAGUUUUCUGUACAGUGGUACCUCAUGUUACCUACUUAAUCCGUUCUGGAGCUCCGUUCGUAACAGGAAACGGCUCGUAAUACGAGGCGCGCUUUCUCUAAUGGCGCCUCCUGCUGCCGUGCCGCCGGAGCGCAACUUCUGCUCGUAUCCCGGGGCAAAGGUCGCAACAAGGGGCAUCCACUUCCAAGUUAGCAGAGUGCGUAACCUGCAGCAUUCGUAAGGGGGACGGUACAUAACACGAGGUACCACUAUACUGUGCUGGCUGACCUGGGCUGAUGGGAGUUGUAAUCAAAAAAGUGGGAUUUGGGGGGCUCUUCAUGUCAGCCUCACAUGCACAAUGGUGUGGGUGAGUUGGGGGACCUAGCCUGUGUACUUGGAUGGGGCACAGUGGAUCCCUUGCAGUUUCAGAAGGGAAUGCAGUCGGCUCUUGUAGCAGAAGCCAGGCUGCAGCUCAGUGGUAGGAUGUCCUGGGUUCAGCUCCCCCAAAUCUCCAGUGGCUGGAGCCCCGAAGAAUUUCUGCCAAAUGGAGCAAGUGGCAUUGCUGGGGAUGAGGGUGGCAUGCCAAUACUCCUCAUAGACCCAUUGAAGUUGCUGGACAUGGCUAAUUCAAGCUGCUUAAUUUCAGUGCGUCUACUUUGAGCAGGACUUAAUUGAAUACCACCCUAAAUCUUGCCACCUCCUAGUGUAUUAGUCAAAUUCCUAAGUUGAAAAGAGCACUAAUACAAGCAGAACUUGUCCAGAGUGGGUAAUCACACUGUACUGUAAUAGAGAAUUAGUGGUUUCUGGGAAGCAGCUGCUGAAAGCCUUGUGGCUGUGGCGAAUGGCCCAUGUUUUGACUUUGGGAUGAAUGGUUGGAAUCAACUCCACCAAAAUGGCUUCUUCCCUUGCAGUAUAGCCUGGUGGCCUGGACAGGUUUUGUUCCAGCACAUCAGUGGUAGUGUGAAUGGAUGGUUCAGUACUGAAGGAAAUUGUGGGUGGAAGAGAGGCCAGGCAUUGCUCUCUGUUGCUCUUGCCUACAGUUGGUAGAAGAUGCUCUCUUCAUUGUAACUUCUUUAAAUCUUUAACAUAAAACAGGAUCUCGUGUUUCAAGCUCUUGGGGGGGGGGUUCUGACUCCUGAGAUAGAUCAGUUAGUAGACUGUGAGACUCUUAAUUUCAUGAUGGUGCGUUUGAGCUCCACAUCCUGCCUUGCAGAUUCCUGCAUUGCAGGGAGUUGGACCUGAUGACCCUCGUGGUCCCUUCCAACUCUACAAUUCUGUGGUUCUAUGCUGAAGCAGGACAUAGUACCAGCUGCUCCAGAGACAACGUCCUGCACAGAAGAGGCAGCUGGCAGUGUCUGAUCCUAAUGGCAGCAAUGCUGUAGGGCAGCCUUUUCCAACCUGGUGCCUUCCAGAUGUUUUGGACUCUCAGCCCCAGCAUCCUAUGGCUACGUUGGCUAGGGCUGAUGGGAACUGUAGUCCAAAACACCAGGAGGGCACCAAGUUGGGAGAAUGAGGAUGCCUUACAGAGCUGACCAAGGUGCAGCCUUGAGUAGGAUGCCCACUGCUGAGAGGAUGGUGGCCUCUCAAGGGCUCUGUUUUUCCUGGUUGAUACCCUGUGCUGCUGCUGCUGCCUCCUUCCUUUGGCAAGCAGGCAGAUCGUUUGCAAGAGCCCCAUCAGUCAGCUGUUUUGCAUUUCCUUCUUAGCAGAUGACUCAUGGCCAAUGUUGAACUUCACUUUGAAUUUCCGGUGUGGAAGCUGUAACUCCCCCCCCCCCACUCCCCCACUCAGUGGGAAGUGGUUGCCUCAGCGUAUCAUGCUGCUAAAUCUCACUGGACAGAACUAUGCACAGCAUGAAAGAGAGAGAGACCAUUUUGAGCCCAUGUUUGUAGUGGGGUGGUCUGGGUCUGCAUUUGGUAGAGAAAGCCAGACUUUGCCGCCACCCCUGUCUAAAAACAUCAGCUGUCUCUCUGGCACACACCUGCUGAGUCUUGCUGCAGCUUCUAGCUUUGCUUCUUAGGGCUAGGAGAUCCUGGAUUUUUUACUGAGGAAAGGGCACGUUCUUGCAAGCAGGGAUUAGAAACCCAAAGCCUUUUUGCUGUAAUCUGCUCCUGAAAGCAAAAGGGCAGAGCUCUCAAUCCCUGCAGCGUGCCUCCCCUGGUGAGAGCACUGCAUGCGGUCCUUAUACCUAUCACAAACCCAUCUUACCUGUCACCUUCAAGAAGCAGGUAUAAGUCUGCAUGGGGAGGGGCAAUGCUGAUGCUCAGAAAUGAUUAGUACAAGAAGGGAACAUCUCAACACUCCAGGUGUUCUGGAAAGCAGCAGACAAUUUGGUAUUCAGAUUUAUUUCUAGGGAAAUUCAAGUGCUGUGUUAGUCUUUUGCAUCUGGCUGGUGCUUCAGUUGGUUUAGGAGGGGUCCUGAAGCAGGCAGGUCUCCCCCAGGAAUGUUGCACAGCCCUAAUCGACUUUUGCAUUAAACAUAAAGCACAGAAAACUUCUCAGUAGUGUGAGAAUAUGUUCCAUGUAGAUUCUUAGUGCUCAGUUAGUUCAGUUGGUUAGAACAUGCUGCUAAUAAUGCCAAGGUUGCAGGAUUGAUCCACAUACGGGCCAAGUAAAUCUCUUGGAGAGCCAAUGUUGUGUAGUGAUUAGAGCUUUGGACCUUGGAGACCAGGGCUCAGGUUCCCACUCACCUGUGAAACUCUUUGGGUGACACUGGGCCAAUUGCUGUUGCUUGACCUAACCUGCCUCAUAGGGUUGUUGUAGGGCAGGCAUAGGCCCACUUCGGCCCUCCAGAUGUUUGGGACUACAAUUCCUACCAUCCCUAGCUAACAGGACCAGUGGUCAGGGAUGAUGGGAAUUGUAGUCCCAAACAUCUGGAGGGCCGGAGUUUGCGUAUGUAUGCCUGUUGUAGGAGAUAAAAUGGGAAGGGAAGAACCCCAUAUGCCACCUUGAGCUUCAUGGAGGAAAGGUGGGAUAAUACAUAAAUAAAUAAAAUAAAAUAUUGACUUGGGUAACAAUCCCUUGGCCAGGGCACCUACUUUGUGUGUUGCUUGCAACUUCCUGGCUGUUCAGAUAUUGCUAGAUAAAGUCUUUUGCCUGUAAACUGUAAACUUAUAUGUGUUUGAUGGUAUUCUAAUGGCUGAUCUGAGAACUUAACCAAAAGAUUGAUUAGCUGAUAUUGCUAAAUCGUUCCUCUGCCUAAGAAUCUCGUGCAAGCAAGUGUGCUAUAGUGGGCAGAAUGCUGAACACAGUGGAUGGGAGAAGGGAACUGGGCGACCUUAGGCCAGUCACACACCUCCAGCUUAGCCCAUCUCAUAAGUUGCUGGGAUAAAGGGGGCGUGGGGUAGCCCCAUCCAUGUACGUGCCACUCUCAGCUUCUUGCAGGAUAGCUGGGGUUAUAAUAAAUCUAGGAAAUAAAUAAUUCCAGAGCGGAGGCAUCUUCUGCCUGUUUCUCCUUUUUGCUAGUCCUCAUCCAUGCUUGAGCUGCCCAGCUCUUUGCCUGCCUGAGCCCUUCAGAGUUUGGAGAGCUCUGACCUUUGUUGGGCCAGAGACAAGCUGUUCCCAUCUCCUCUGUGUUGGCAGUUGAAGGAGAGCUUUCCUGUGACUCAUCCUAUUCCAUCUGUACACCUUUUCCUGUGGAAUAAACGUGUUUGCCACUUUUCCCAAGGAGCCUGUAGACAAAACAGUAAAAGGAAAUGAGCUGCUGAAAAGGCCCUGGCCAGCCGGCAAGAGCUGAGCCCCAUCAACAGGCCAGGUGGUAGAAGGGCAUCCCAUUCUAACCCACCACCCCGACUGUGGGGUGCUGGGCUGCUGUUUCUUCCUCCUUGCCCCACUUGUGCAUUUUAUGGAUUAUGCUCAGGUUCUUGAGCGACCCUCAACAUUGCUGCCGUAGGGACUCCUCCACUCUCCAUAUAAGUCAGCUAACUUUGCCUUUGGAUCUUUUUGUUUGUUUGCUCCUAGUGAAGUAUAUGCGGGAAGCCAGCCCUUAUAUCAAGAAGCCGUCGCUGGUGUCGGAUUUGCCUUGGGAUGGGGUAGCUCCGCAGUCGCCUAGCCUUAGCGGCAGUGAGGAUUCUGGCUCCCCAAAGCACCAUGGCGCUGCCAAGGACCGUAAGGUGAUCCCUUUGAAGAUGUGCUACGCUGCGAGGAACCUAUGCAUGCCGGAUCUGGAGAACAGGUGAGCCGAGAUGAAAGAGGAGGAGGAGGAGGGGAGGCGUCUCAAAUUGCAAUGGUGGUGCUGUAGUUUUGUUUUUCCUUUUUGUUUUGGUUUCAUGAAGAGCCAGUGGCAUGAGUUGGAGGGAGACCCAAACGCUCAUGACUUCCCAGGCCUGGUUUUCCUAAUAUCCCACACUGCUCAGCGCCACAGCCAUACCCUGAGAAUAAUGAGCAAGGCUGAGUGCUCGCUGCUCUUUUUGCCAAGAAAAACAAGUGUGCUGUGCUGCUCGGGAUGGAUUAUGCAGAUUUCCAGAAAUGUUGAGUAUUCUGGUUUCUGUUUUACAAGCAAGGAGGGCUAUGCGUAGGAGUCAAGGGACAGGGUGGGGGCCUCUAGGUUGGGCUGCCAGAUUUCCAUAGAGGAGACGCCCCUAUGUGGCCAAGAAGAAGAACUUGGACUGACGCAGCUUCUCCCUAGCGCCACAGUGGCAGAGGAAAAGCUGCACCCCUUCGCUGUCCAGCGAUCCUGUCCCCACUGGGGACAGGCAGGAGAGCUAGUGAUAAUUGGGAAAGCUUCACAGCCCAGGAGGCCCCACCACAGAGGGGGACUGAGGGGAAGGGCAGCCUGCUAAUUCCACAUCCCAGCUCUGUUCCUCAUUUGUAGCAAAGGUCUGCAAUGACUUCACUGGGCAGAUGGCUCAGUUGGUGGCUAUUUGCCUGGAGAGGACCCCUCGCUGUUCAAAGGGGGCAUGCCUCUGACUGGCAGGUGCCAUCAUGCCCUUCUUGUGGGUUUCCUGGAUGCCUCUUGCUGGUUGCUUUUGUGGUGGUAGGAGCGGGACACAGAGCUGUGAGGCCUGGAGGGGUCCUGAGCUCAAGAGGCCAGUCGUAUUAUUUAUUGCAAGUUGUCCCGACCUGUCCCUGCUGGAAGUUCAGGAUAUGUUUGCUUUGGGCGUAGACAGGAUGCAAAUCUAAUCCGCACGUUGGCUUCCUUCCAUGGAGGGGAGAUGAAAGUUGGACUGGAGUCUCUCUCUCUCUCUCUCUCUCUCUCUCUCUCUCACUCACACACACACACACACACACACACACACACAGGCAGGCCAUAGAGGAAGUGUCGGUUCAUCCUCACGUUCCUUUGCUGGGUGUUGAGUUUCAGCUGGCUGGGGCAGCUCUUGCAGCAGCGGAGGGGGAAGGGGAGGGCAAGGCAGGCCACAAAGAGGAGACCGCAGGCUCCUGAUUCAUUCACCCAACUAAUUGCAAGUGCCCUUUGCAGGAAACUCCUGGCCUUUGGGCGGCUUGCCAGGGACCUCCACGCUGCGCAGCUUCCCCCUCCCUGCUCCGCUUGCGGUCUGGGGCCUGGCUGCCUUCCAGGUUGCCUUUGCACCCUUUUCUGCAGCGCUAGGCAACGGCCCGCUGACUGACGGAAGGUUCUCUUCCGAGUGGCAAAGAAAGCCCUGCUCAGGGCAGACCCAGGCAGACAGAUAAUGUCCUCCCCCCACCCCACCACCUCCGCCCUUGCAAGGCUGCUGUUUCUCUUUCCCCUCCUCCCCCAGUAUCUCACCGGAAGGUUCUUGUUUUUAUUUGGAGGCAGAACAGGCAGCAGGAGGGUCAGGAUCUCUGGAUGACUUGAAGUAGAGUGGGAAAUGUUAAAAAAGGGUGAUAAGAAACAGCAGCAAAAAGACUUUUCCUCCUGUAAACUAGGCUGUUAAAACAAAGAGAGGCUGAAAAGUUGGUGGGGGGGGGAGGGAAACCAGGAAUGGGUUGUUGUUUUUGUGCCUGAAAGGGCUGUGAGCUGAGCUCUGGUACAGACAGCAAAAACCAAAGUGUGGGUAUGGCCCCAGUGGGCCCCCAUUUUCCUGACUAUGUCUCCCCCCCCAUCCCAUCCAUUGCUGCCACUGUUUUACACCUGGCUGUCACUGGUGAGCCUUGGGAUCCUUUCAAAAUCCAAAAUAGAUCCCGCAAGCCUGAAGACUUCUCAUACCUAACUGAGCAUGUGAUUCAUCCCACACUCUUCAGUCCUGGAGGACAUUCAUAGCUGUCCAAAGAAUCCAAGAAGAGACUAAAACAAUAUUUAGCAUAAAAGCGAUUUGUUCAUUUGUUGCAUUUAUAUACUGCCUUACUGCAGUUUAAUGCUCGGACUCCGCAGAAUUGGUUCUUAAUUGGUGUGUGUAUCAGCCUUUUUCAGCCUGGUACCCUCCAGGUGUUGUUGAACUAGCAGCCCCAGCCACCAGGGUCAUAUUAUGGUGGGGGCGAUGGCGAGUUGUAGCCUAGCCAAGCCACGAGCAAGGAGAGCUUAGAAAGCCAGCUCACUGAUUGUCCCAAAAGCAAAGAUAUGCCAUGUUUGAGUGCAGGGGAGAUGGAAAGAGGCAGAUGUCCAGAGCUAGGUUUCCACAAAUGCUUUCUUGUGGAAACAGCCCUCCUUUGCUGCUUCAUGGUUGAGGUCAAGUGCUUUGAAAGUAGGCAGGUUGCAGCUUGUAGAGCCUACCUGCAUGGCAGAUUCUUCCUUCCCUUGACAUUUUCUGUUUGGCAUCAGCUGCUACCACCUGGGCAAGUCACUUCCUGUCGGCUCUUGAGCCUGGGCUGUACGUGGGCAGCUUUCCACACUCUCCCUGCCUUGAGAAAGCUGCCAAGACACUCCAAUUCCAAUAAAAGACUUCCUUGCAAAGCAGCCAGACACUCUGCAGACUCCAGGCUGCUCGCGUGUUCCCUGGGGGUACAAAAAGCCAUCUUGAUUCAGAGCCUCUAAGUGAAGCUUGUCCCUGACACUCUCACGGCAUGGGCCUUACUUGCUCCAGAUCUUUCCAGUGGAUGACAGCCCUGUAACGCUGACUGUAAGGAGGCGCUGAUGCCUUCAGGGUCGGAGAGCACUGCAAGAGCAGUGGAGGGCAGUCAGGAUGGCUCCUUUAAGCUCAGGGUUAGAGAGAGGCUGUGACCUUCCUCCUAGUGCUGGUGGGCUGGUGCUCCCAUCAUCCCUGACCACUGGCUGUGCUGGCUGCUGGGGGAGUUUGUUUUCCCACUGCCUCUGUAGCUUCCCUACCCUGAUCUUCACUCCUCUAGAGGUGUGCACAGCAAAGCAGUUGAAACUGCAAGGCUGCAGAGGCGAGGUUGCAUUUUCUGCACCAAAAAAGGGCUGUAUUCUGUGAGCUGAAUCAGUGAUUCAUUUCGGAAUGGAUAUGCAAUGCAGAAUCCUCUGCUUCGGUCAGCCAUGGUGUGUGUGGCAGGUAGGGAGGCAGAGUUGGGGGCUGCAGCCCAAGUCCCUGGUUGUGGCAAGUCCUACUCAGCUCCUCUCUGGUGCCUGACUGGGGCUUUACCUGCCUUUCUAACUGCACACCUUUGGUCUUCACUUGAAAGGUAAAAUGUUUGUUGCUUAUAAACGAAAGCACUUAAUUGCAUCCCUGUCGCACAAGCUGCCAACUGUUCCUGUUCUGAUGGGUGGCUACUCUUCCUUGGGGGGGAGGGUCAAUCAUCUUGAACCAUCUAGAGUGCCCCUCUCAUCUUCCCUGCCCCCCCCCACUUGGUCUGGAGAGAUCGCUCAGAGAGCAGAGAGAGUCUUUUGCAACCUUGUUGGCGGAUUAGCAAAAUAAUCCCAGGGGAAGAGUUUACCUUUCUGCUGUGUUUGCCCUUAUCCAAUCAACCCAAACAGGAGUGAAAUUAUUGUGGGUGGAGCUGGGGUGCAGCAAGCAAAAUCUGUUUCCCCAGGAGGUUAGCUUGACAUGACGAUGGGGAAAGCAGGGCAGGGCCUCCAACUGGGCUGGAGAAGCAACUGCAGCCUUUGCCAGUGAUCUGGAGAGCAGAGUCGAUUUUGCAGCAUUUCCAGUUUGGCUUAUCAGAUCUCUUAAUAGGCUGAAGAAGGUUGGUGCUAAGCUUUUGGCUCCUAGAUAGUACAAAUUCCCCCAAACGGUUUUGACCAUUUUUGCUCCUUGACUCCUGCUGUUCGCCAUGCAUUUCAGGUGGCACAUCCUAAAUUCCACUAAUGGAAGUGCAAAAAUUUCACUUGCCACAUGGAUGCAGUGUUUGGCUUUCCUUGGGCAGUCAUAAUGCUUGAUGGAUCCAUAGUGGCAGUUGGACCACGUGGCUGGGAUUAAGUCCCUCAAACUGCCCGCCUUGUAGCAUGUUCCUCCUCAAAGUGCUGCAGUGCUGUCUUAACACCUUCCCUUGGCAGAUUGAGAUGUACGCAGCAGCUGAUACAUCUCUGGAGGCCAUGCAGGGAGAGUGGACUUUGCCAUGUCUUGCCGCCUUUUUCUUGUGUGUUCCGCACUUCAUUUUUUUUCUAAGCAGUGACUCUGGGAGAUGGUUUGGCCCAGUCAAAAUCCCUCCUAUGUUCAGAGUGGGGCAGGCAGGCAGUCACCCAGAAGCAACUGCUUGUGAGAAGCAUGUUCUGCAGCCUGAGCCAAAAGUAGCUUCUCCUUUGGAGCUUACCUGGCCAGAGGGAGGAGUGAACAGAGUUCUCUUUGCAGGUUGCUGCAAGUCCCGUCGGGUCAGACAAGCUAUCGCCUCCUCCUAUUUGUGUACAAAGUGUAAAAUCAAUUACAUAGCCCAGCAGCAGCCAGUCAUUCAGGGAGAAGUAGCCCAUGCAGAAGGCUUUUACACAGCUCCAAUGCCCCAGAUCACCAAAUGCUGGGGGAAGAAGGAAGGUGACAGAGUCUUUGGUCUCCCUCUGCUAGGGUAUGCUGUUGAGCACAAGGAAGCAGCAGUUAAGUGAAUAAACCCGGCUCAUGAAUUCCUGCCUUCUCCACUUAGCUUUAGCUGCCAAGAGGUGGGUCUGCUGGAGGGUUCAGGCUGCCAUUAAAGGCUCUGGCUGCAGCUUCUCCAUCUGCCAAGAGAUGGGUAGAGCAAGCAGCAAGGUUGCUGUCACUUUCUGGUGGGGGAGGGCAGGCUGGAUGCCAGGUACCCAUGCACUUUGGUGGUAUUUGUGAGUGUAGCCAGGGAUGGGCCUGGGCAUGUUUAUUGCCCUCAAGAAGAGCCAGCAGAGUUCUCAAGGCCACGCUCCACCUAAUUCUGCCCCCCCCCCCGCAGGACUGGGCGCUGAGGCCUUGCUGCUGCCGCAGCCUCCUAACCGGGACUGUUGCUUCUCCUUAGACACCCUUUAGCAAUCAUGAGCAAAUGCGUUGCAGCCCCUUUUCCUAAUAAAAGUGGGAGAAAGACUAACUCAGGAGUAGGGAACCCUUUUCAGCCCAAGGGCCGCAUUCCCUCGUAAGCAACCCUCUGAGAUCCAAUUGGCAGUAGUGGGCAAAACCAGAGGAAUAAGUGGGGAGAGCAGGAAAUGCAAGUGUUGCUUUUUUGUAGUAGGCUAAUUUUUGCGCACACACACAUGCACACCCCUAUCUAGCUCUGGGCAAGAAAGAGGCACCCCCACGGUUCAAGGACACAUUUCUGGCUAGGCAAGUGCUCUUGAGGACGCAGUGAAGAAGGGGCAGUGAGAGGCCUGGCCAGGGGAGGGUUUUGAGAGCCAGGUGCAGAGGCCUAGAGGGCUGCAUUUGGCUCCUCAACUACUUAACCAUUGAUACUGUGCUGACUCCAAUUGCUCAGCUCUCCUGUGAGGAUGGGUCCUCUUUGGGGAAGGAGCUGGAGAUCAGUGGCAGAGCUUGUGCUGUGCAUACAGGAGGUCACAGAUUCAAUCCCUGGCAUCUCCAGGCAGGGCUGAGAAGGAAGGACUCCCUGUCCCGAAACCCUGGAAGACCAUUGCUACUAUACCAGCAUAAGCGGUACUGAGAUAGAUGGACCAGUGGUGGCAUUUGGUAGAAGUCAGAUUCCUGCUGGCGCUUGGCAGUCCAGACCAUUUCUUCUGGCAGCCUCCCCACUAAGUUCAUCCUGCCCUUCCUUCCUUCCCUGCGCAGGUUGAUAGAGUUGCACUCGCCUGACAGCCGGAACACCCUGAUCCUCCGCUGCAAGGACACGGCCACGGCACACUCCUGGUUCAUGGCCAUCCACACCAACAUCAUGGCUCUCCUCCCGCAAGUCCUGGCCGAGCUCAACGCCAUGCUGGCUGCCAGUAACACGCCGGGGAGCAGCAAGGAGGUCAAGCACAUCGCGUGGUUGGCGGAACAGGUGGGCCAGGAGACUGGAAGCUCUGUGCGGCUCUGUGCAGUGGAGGUUCAAAAGCUCUUUGGGAUUGCAGUGGGGCGUUAUUGAUGGCCUGAACAUAAGAAGAGCAUGCUGGAUCAGGCCAGUGACCCAUCUAGUUCAGCAUCAUGGUCUCAUGGUGGCCGAUCUAUCUUGCUUCCCUCCCACCUUUUAGGAGAGAUGUCAGCUGGUGACUGGAGAGGGGGCAUGUAAUAUCUGGUACCUCCUCCUGCCCAUGGUGCUUGUGAGUGGAGAACAGUCUUCUCCUCUCUGCCCAGCCCAACACAGAAGUCCUUGGCUGGGCUUCCUCCUGCAUUGAACUUGGCAAAUGCAUCGGGUGGAGGGUGGGAUGCUCAGAAGAGGCUCUGCCAUUGGUGGGAAAAUCCUUGUUCUGUAUUCAGGCUGUUGGAUGUAUCAGUUCAAGGCUGAAAGGAGUCUGGGAGCUGCUGUGCGCUGGGCACUUUGUCUCAGUAUUGUUACAUUUGCAUACCUUGCUCUAGCCUGUUUCUGCUGCCUUGUUUCCCCGCUUAGGCUUGUUAACCCAUGGGGAGGAGAGCAGGUGGGGGGGAACCAUCUGUCUCUGCCCUUUGCAGAGUAGGUGGAUCCAGCGCUGCCCUGGCCCCUCAGACUCUCUGGGACAGCCUUUGCUGACUUGGUGGCUCUCAUGAGCCUCAGCCUGCAUGUCAAUUUUGGGCUCCACCUCCCAUCAGACCCUGGGCCAUAUGGCCCUGCUGGCUGGGGCUGAUGGGAGUUGUCACCCCAACUAUCUGGAAGUCACCAGGCUGGGGAAAGCUGUUUUAAGGUGUCACUAGACCCUAGGUGUUUUGCUGCAGCAAGUUAGCAUUGCUUCCCCUUUGGGUCUUCCUCUUGGUUUUGAGCCACCCCAGCCCUCAGUUUUUGUGCUCGCAUCCACCACCUUCAGUCAACAAAGUAAGCAGUUGCUUGGAUAAUCUGAUGCCACAACAACACACUCUUCUUUUACUGCAGAUGGAGCUUUAAAUGUGUUUUGCACGUGCAGAAUCGUGUCCUUCAAGUUAUUGUUGUGCAUGUCGCAGGGCGGAGGGUGUUUGUGGUAGCUUUCAUCCUUCCAAUUAUUUCCACUGCUGCCUUGAACCCUGCAGAAGGAAUCCGCUGUCAGCAUCUUGGGAUCUAGCCUUUCUAUAGGGCUGGAUUCCCGCAUCUAGGUAGAGGCAGCAACAGCCCCAGCUUCCUGUCCAACCAGGCAUGGCUCCCUGCCAAGGGCAACAGGCAGGGCCCAGCCUUGCUUUGCAAUGAAGUGAGACCUGUUGCUUGUUUCCUGGGAUACGUCUGACCUGUGCCAUGGAAGGUGCAGGAGAGCCUGGCAGGCAGUGGGAGAGCCUAGACUGGAGGAGGGGGUAGGCUGGUACUUGGGUGCUGCAGGGUGAAAUCCUGGCUCUAUGGCUGCCUUGCAUUCUGCUAGCAGCAACUGGCAGUUCCUAGCACAGCAGCUCCCGUUCCUGGUCUUCUGUCCCAUGGCACAAGAAUAGCUUGAGGUGGUGGUGGCACGGAACACAUGCAAACACCAAGGGUACCCUCCACUUCCUGUGCCUUCUGUUUGCCAGCUUUGAAGUGCCUUAAAGAUUGGGGCAGGGAGGAAAUGUGAGUAAAAGGAGCCCCACCCCAUCAGCGUUGCAUGCCGAAUGUCCCAGGUUCAAUCCCCGAUGGCAUUUCCAGAUAGGACCGAGAGAGACUCCCUCCCUGAAACUCAGAGGAGCCACUGCUGCCAGUCAGUGCAGGCAGUACUGAGCUAGAUGGACCCAAGGGUCUGACUCUGCAGAAGGCAGCUCCCUGUGUUGCAAGAUACAUACGACACAGGAUUGCAAUUCAUUUCCUUAUUAUGGAGUAAAAGGAAAAAAAUGGGAGCAGAGCUUUGAUUAAAAGGCUCCUGUGUGCUCAAAGCCUGAGAGCCGUGUGGGAGAGUGACUUUCAGGAUCCAGAUCCGGCCUUGGGGUGGGAACAAAAUAUUACUGUCUCUACAGCUCCUCAUAGGCUUGCAAGGCCAGUCACCUCCCUCCUGCACUCUGUGCUUCCUGGCAGGUCCCUUCAGAAGGGUGUGUUCUCCACCCCUUAUGUUCUUCCCCCAAAUCCUUGCUUGCUUUGCUCAUGGAGAUGGACUGCCAACAACCCGCCCCCUUUCCCUCUUGUCUUCCCAUAGGCCCGGCUGGAUGGAGGCCGGCAGCAGUGGCGGCCAGCUCUCUUGGCUGUGACGGAGAAGGACUUGCUGCUCUAUGACUGCAUGCCAUGGACAAGAGAUGCCUGGGCCUCCCCGUGCCACAGCUACCCGCUUGUUGCCACCAGGUAAGGGAGCAAACAGGUGACUCUGCAAGAGGAAGAGUGUGGAGACUGCCAAUCUGUGAACAGAGAUGCCCUUGAGACCGGAUGCCAGGGGAAGAGCAGGUUAAGACAGCCUUGCAAACAAAUCAACAAACUGACUGACAUAUAAAGUCCAAGGGUGGUAGCCAACAAAGUGUGACCCAUUGAAAUUAAUGGAUCAUGUUGAUACUACCCUGAGUGUGAGCCCAAGUUGUGUGUGUGUACCAAGGGUGAUGGUGGGGGGUGGGAGAGAUCUGAGGAGAGAGUUGGCUUGCCCCUACCAUGCUUGGCCUUUUGCCAUCGGGGGUGGGCUGGCUGAGACAAAAACUUGGCAGCUCUGUGAUCUUGCUGGAGAGUUAGGGGUGGGUGGGCUGACAACUUGCAAGAGGCUCUCCCUGUCUGGGCAGGCUCCUGCCACACUGCCUGCUCUGGCAGUUGCUGCCGCCAAGCUAGUUGUGUUCCCGCCACCCGUUGGAAGCCUCCCUUGCAAGCCCCCAAGAGGUGUGGCUGCUGGCAGAGGUUUCUGGCAGCAUGCAGCAGCUGGAUUCAAUUAGGGUCCCUCCCAAACCAUCCCUCAAGCCAAAACUGGUUGGAGAGAGAUUCUCAGGCCUCAGACCCUGCAGCUUCGGAACCAGCCCUUUCCCACCUCCCACAUCCAGGAACUGUAGGGGUUUCUCUCCUGUGCCAGGUUUGCAGCCACUUGUUGAGUCUGUCAGGUGGAUUUCUGGAUGACUUUCCAGGUUUUUACGGGGGGGUGGGUGGAGUUUCACAGGUGUGGUUGCUGCUUGCUCUUGUUGACCAAAAAACCCUCCUCCUCCUCCUCCUCCUCCUGCAGGCUAGUGCAUUCUGGCUCAGGCCGCAGAUCACCCUGCAUGGGAUCGGACCUCAGCUUUGCCACGCGGACAGGCUGCCGCCAGGGCAUUGCUAUGCACAUCUUCCGCGUGGAGACUCAUCGGGACCUCUCCUCCUGGACCAGAAUCCUGGUGCAAGGCUGCCACGCUGCUGCAGAGCUGGUCAAGGAGGUGUCUUUAGGUAAGUGGCCAGCAGCCCUGCCUCUCUGAAGCCUGGUUUGGGAUUCUUGCCUGAGCUGCUGGGCAGGGUGGAAGCUUGGCCCAUUCACUGCCUUGAGCAGCUGGGGAACCCAGGCCUUGCAAUGUUUGUCUUCCAAGCUCAGCAGGAGAAGAGAAUGAUUCUUUUGCUCUUGAAGGGUGCAUUUUCCUAGGCAAAACUUAAAUGCUCAAGCCAGGCUGAAAUGUGAUCAUUUGGGUGCUGGUGCCAGUAAGAGCUACCCAGAGGCACAUUUAAUCUAGGGUUCUGUUCUCACAGUAGCCAGCCAGGAUCCCUAAAAGGAAGCUGGACCUGAGUGCAACAGCAGUGCUCUCCCAACUCAUGAUUCCAGCAAAUGGUACGCAGAGGCGUCCUGCAGCUGGUGGGAGAACAGAGCCCUUGUGGUUAGUGAGAGGAGAGUACAGCUGUUUGUGUUGAUGAAGGUUGGACUGGUUGCUUGGUAGAAGUCUGGAUGAUCUCAGAAUAUUUGAGGGGGGAGCAAGGUGUGUAUGUAAUCCUCUGCUGUCAGGUAAGCUAGUCUGAGCCUUUGAAAACACCUUGGCUCAACCCCACUUAUGCAAGAUGAAGACGCCUGUAACUCUAUCUGCUGGGAGGGAGCUGAGCACCUGGGAGAGAGGAGCUUUUGUUCCUGAUGCUUUCAGAACAGAGGAAAGAGGAGUCAUAUAGCUCAGGCCUGCAUAAGCAUUGUCUCAGAACACUUUGAAAAGCCAGGCUUUGGCGCUGCAAGCUGUUGAAGGAGGAAGAUCCCAGGGAACUCUUUGGGCUCUUGGCUUCUCUGUUGUUCUUUUAGAAGGCUCUCAGAGCUGAUUCCCAGGUCUCAAGCUCCCUCUAGAGUUUGUAAGAGAACAGCACCCGUUCUGCACAGGAAUGCUUCAUUGCUAACACUCUCCUGGCUGCGGCAUGAGGAGUCUUCUAUGAGCCAGGUUGAUGUGAAUCGCAGUCCAAAACUUCUGGAGGGCACCCGGUUAGCGAUAGCUGGCCGACAUUAUCUGAUUUUGUGUCAGUGAGGCAAGUGGAACUUCAGAGGUAACUGCUUUUAGGAGCACAUGGCUGACCUAGCUGCAAUAUUUGCUGCCAGACACAACUUGCACAGGCAUUUGUUGGCUUGCAGCAAGUGGUCUGUGACCCUCAUCACUUGAAAUGCCACUUAGCAGUUUUGACAUGCAUCAUUUCUGGCCUUCAUUUUUGCGAAGUAUGUAACAGACAGGGGAACAUCUGUGGCCUUCCAGAUGUUGGCCUUCUGAUUCCCAGAAGCCAGCCUGGUGAGGGAUGAAGAGAGUUGCUGUAGUCCAGCAACAAUUGAAGGGGUUGGGGUGGUUCAGUAUGUAUGUAAUUUAUUUGUUUGUUUAUUAGCAUUUAUCAACAGCUUAAUAUUUAAAACAAACAAACAGCAUCAUUAAAACAAAAAUACACCCUAAAACCAAUAGAACAACCUUAUAAGAGCAAGAAACAAAAAUUCAAGGGAUCUAUCCUGAAUGGGAAUUGGUGAGCUUGAUGGCAAAAGAAUUUUAUUAUUUAUUCAAUUUGGUUUAUUAGUCUCUUGACAUAUUAAGAAGUCUCCAAGUGACUUCCCAAACCUAAAAGCAUAUAGAAUGGGAUAAAAUCAGAACCUGGGUGACCCAGACCAAGACAAGUAAGCUGUCUUCAGCCACCAUCUAGCUGAACAUCAUCCAUCUAGCUGUCUUCAGCCACCGUCUAGCUGGCUCUGAUGGAAGGACAUAAGGGGGAAACUCUGCUCCACUGUGUGUGCGUGUGUGUGUAUUGAUGAAGCAACUUGACCUGGAAGGAUGUGUGCCAGCCUGUGUCCAAUGACAAUUUGCAUUUUCAUGUUCUAGGGUGUGUCCUGAAUGCCCAGGAGGUCCGCCUCAUCAUCCACUAUGAAAACGGCUUCAUUAUUUCCAAGGAAGAGGCAGGCUCUGCCAGUGUCCUUUUCCGAUACCCUUUCGAGAGGCUAAGAAUGUCUGCGGAUGAUGGCAUCAGGAACCUCUACUUGGAUUUUGGGGGACCGGAAGGGGAACUGGUGAGUAGAGGGCCUGGGCCACAGCUGGUGUACGGGCAGAGGAUUUAAAUGGGCUGCAUCUAUGUACUUCAAGGUUCCUAUUAAAACCUGUUUUAUCUGCUCUUGUAUAUGCAGCAAUUUUUAAAUCAUAUAAUAAAUUGCUGGGGGGGUGGCUUCAUGGGAAAUGAUUAAUAAAUGAAAGAGUAAUAUUUCAAUAAUAUUAAUUAGUAAUUACUACUAAUUGCUACUUUCUAUUAAGUUUUCUAUUAAUACUAAUAGAAAAAAAAUACUAGCUUGCAGUUAAAAAACAUGUGUUCAUCUUAGCUCAUGUGCAAAGUAGUGACCUCAUUGUGUGCUUCUUCUCCCCCAGACUCUGGAGCUGCACUCCUGCCCCAAACCCAUUGUGUUUGUGUUGCACACGUUCUUGUCGGCCAAAGUGACUCGCCUGGGGCUGCUCGUGUAG